GGCAGACGAUAGUUAGUACUCAGUGCUCACUAACUACUCACUGACCGCCGAAAGGAGGAAAAUAACAAUACCACGGGAGUGUCCUUGCUCUGGGCAGUGUUAUCAACGGUUGCAACCAGAUUCCUGCUUCAGAGUGUUGUCUUCUGAUGAUAUAUAGUGAUCUUGAAUGGAUACUGCAUCUCAGACUGUCGCAAUGGCCGGCCAGGACGAGUCCGCCCUCCACAUUCCGCCGUUCGCUAAACCCCUCUCUCCUUACGUUAAGAGCCGUCAGGAAACCCUGCGGAUCCGCCGCGUGUUAACGCUGUACCUCCGAUCACAAAUCACCCUUGCCGAUGACCAGACCGAGUACGCACCGCCGCAUCUUGCGUUGUGUGCCCCGCAGUACGUCGCGACGGCUGUCAAACGCAUUCCUUCCGACGUGACGGGGCUGCGGAGAGAAUAUCUGGAGGCGCUGCAGGCGAAUAUAACGGCACGGAGAGAAUAUGAGACUGUCGUUGAAAGAUUGGCAGCGAGAAAACCGCCGGGGGAGGAGGGGCAGUCUUCGCACUCGGAGACGGAGGCAACGGAGGGAGUCGAUGCAGGGUUGCAGACGUACUUGAAGCUUCUCCGGGACCGUCGCCGGCAUGCCAAGCUCCAGGUUUUCGAGCAUUAUCUCCAAGACAUGAAAAAACGCCGAGAGAGGGGGAAAUCCGGGGACGGGGAGACACAUGCACACCAGCCAUUAUUCCCGGCUGACGGCAGUGGCGUGGCUGGGGCAGGAGAUAUCGGUGUGAGAGGACUGGUCGAUGACCUGGAACGAGCCAUUGUCAGUGCCAAAUCGCGGCUAGACCGGGAGAAAAGAAUGCUGGAGGAGUUGAAAUCCCGGCACGAGUCUUCGACACACUCGGAUUCUGCUCUCCCUGUCAAGGCUAGGGCCCUGCAGCGGACCCGGGACGAGCUGGUGAAAUGGGUCGAGGACCGGCUUGCGACCGCCAGUCACGAGGAGGCUACAUAUGUUGGCCUCCCCGCGGCCGAGGCAGAAGGCGCCCCCGCGCAUCUGCUGGAUGAUCUACAAAGCCACAUACAGGAGGAAUACAGUGCGUAUGUGGAUGCCCGGCGGAAGCUUCUCGAAGUCCUGUCAAGAGCAUACCGAACGCUCUCUACGCCUGCUCCGAAGCAUCCUCCCGCUCAUACUAGUGAUAACCCCGGUGAAAGCAGGCGGGAGACCGGAGCGGGGUACGACUUGAAUGUCUUACAGCUUGCGAGCGAGGUGUUCCUGCCACUUUCCAAGAGCCAGAAGGCUCUGAUUUUACAGAAAUCGUACCUAGCCGGUCUCCUAGCGAAGGAAAAGACGACAGCACUGCGCCUGCUCGACCGAUUGAGCAGCGAGAGCCAUCUGCUGCCGGAAUACCCUAUCCUCGCCCGACAUUCGCGGUUCCAGCACGCCGUGGCGGCGCUCGGCUCUGCUGCAGAGCGAGCACCCCGUGACGAGAUUCUCGCCUCUGCCGAGGCAUGGGCGUUUGCUUCGGACGCAGCGCGGACGAACGAGCAGGAGCAUGUCGACCAGCAGAUCACGGUGGGCAUGGAGGCGGCACAGGAGGCGCGACAGACGCUGGAAGUGGUCUACGGCAUGAUGAACCAGGAUCUCGAGGCUGUCACGGCCGUGGAUGACACUGGCGAUAUCUGGGCCUCUGAGGUUCAGUCUCGCAAAAGUAAGCCUGUUCGACCUAGAGGGCCAUGGUCGAGACUGAACGGCAGCAUGGGAUAGUGUCUAUGUUUAGUACUCCGUAUGUAGGUAGUCUAAUCAAUCAUAAGUUAGUAGUAAAAUAUACCUAUUCCCAACCAC